AUGACACCAGCUGCUGCAAGCACUUCCACAGUACAUGAAAAGUUGAACAGUCCACAUUGUCAUUUUGAUUUGGCUGAGUCAGAGGCUGAGAAGGAAACUACAGCCACUCAUCUCACACCGUUUCCCAAGGCUGAUUCGCCAGCGGUCUUUAAUCAUAUGUGCUCCACUUUUGAUCCAUUUUUGGACGAUUGUCUGGAACUGGCCAAACGAGCGUACAGUCUGAAUGUUCCGAUUGAUUUACGCGUGUUCGAGGAUUUGCCUCAUGCAUUUCUCAAUUUUGCGCCACUCGGACCGGAGUUCCAACAUGCAAAUCAGGUGUGCAUGCACAUGGUUAAACGAUUGUUCGAACGCCAGCUGACCGUUCCACAGUCCCGACCGAAUUCGCCCUGUACCUAUUCGAGCUGCAAAUCCUAUACAGAUCCCUGA